AUGCGCCAACACGGCUGCGCCCCCACCAACACCGUCUUGCUGCGAACACCACCACGAGAUCAAGAAGACCGGAGAGAGGAUCUGAGCGAUGGGAGAAGCAGCAUCAAGGCCGAGCGGGAGGGAACCACCUCCACCGCCGUCAUGCGGGAGGCCCGCGCCUCCGGCACCGUCGUGGUAGCCGUCCGGACACGGCAGCGGGGCAUACCAGGCUACCCCAGGCCCAGCCAGGCCCAAAACGGGCCUGCUAAGCCCCGCCAGCCACGCUGCAGCAAGCUGGCGCCGACGCCGCCAGCCACCGCCGAUCAUCGCCGCUCGCCACCGCCUCCUGAAGGCCACGCCGACGCCACGCCUGUCGCCGGUCCGCCCCAACCCAGAUGGAGCCCGAAGGGCCCAAAUCUGGGUCGGGCGGGCGCCCCCAGCCCGCGCUGCCCCGCCGCCAACGGCGCCGCCACCGCCCAGAGCUCGCCCUCGCCGCCGCGCAGGACCGCCGCCGCCUGA